UUCCUCGGACACGGCCCCGCCGCGGCCGGCGGGCUCCUUCUGGUCUUCCUCCAUCCCUGCGCCUCCCCUCCAGCGCUGCUGUUGUCUGUGCGUGGAGCUGGGUAGGGAAACCCUGGGCGGAAUUGCCCAGGGUAUCUCCCCAGCUGUGAAAUAAGGAAAUGGUGCUGUCGCUUUCAUGCAGGUCCAGGGUGCUCUUGCUCUGUAGAGAAGGAGGGUGUUUGCUGGUAUUGGGGUGGUAGUAGGAGAGGCACGAGGUUUUGAUUAGCUGUGUGCUCCAGCAGCGCGGCACAAGGAAGUGCAUUGGCCUUGGCAUCCCUUGGUUUCACACUUUCACUUCCCAGCUCUAGUAGUUAGUCAGAUGACGUAGCAGGUCUUCGUUCGCCUCUGGCUGAUGAUCCAAACAGUAAUGUUCUCAAAGUAAUGUACUUUAUUUGUCUUCAAGUGGCUGUUUGGUCAGCAGUGGGUGAAGAUAGAUUUGAUGGACUUGUGAUAAGGAGGGUAAGGUGUACUAUGUUAAUGUCAAGCCACAUCCCUCUCCAAGCCCAGGUGACAUCUUUUAUAAAUGAAGUAGUUGUUUACAGGUAUGCUUCCUUAGAUCCUAUCAGUGAAAAGUAACUGGGUGGGAAUGUCUUGCCUACCUCAACAAACCUGUCAACAGCCACCUAACAACUGCUUUGUGCCAAGGUCUCUGCUGCAACCAUCCAUUGUAUAAACACAAGAAAUGCCCGGUGUGUGGGAUUUUGUCAGAGCACAAAUAUGCUGUUGCUUAUGUUAACUGGCUAUUCAGAUACCUGUUCUGUUUUGUUAAACAGAAGUGUUGCAAAAAGCUUAAUGGCAAUUCUGUUCUGACACUUGAGUUCCUUAAAAUCUAGUUUGUAAAAAAGGUCAGUUGAUUGGUUCAAGUCCACCUUGGUUUUUCCCAUUGAAGUGUAUUUUUUGUUUUAGUAUCAGUAAUCUUUGGCAGUAAUUCUUUAGAUUUCAGGGAGGUCACUGCUGUAAAAAUGCAGCUGGAUACAGAAAUUGGGGAAGGCUGUUGAUUGUUGCUGCUCUGCCCUAGUUAGCACAAAUAUUGUGAGAAGUGUGGCUCUCUUGUGUUUCUACUCUCUCUUCUUUUUUUUGAUUUGCUUAGGAUACAGUGUUUUUAGAAAGUGGUGUUUUUUCCACUCUCAAAAUAGGUAUUAAGAAGCAUAGUAUUGUUCACUUUGUGUGGAAUCUUAAAAUUGUCUUUCAUGGCGAGCAAUACAGUAAGUUACUGAUCUGUGUUGUUCUGCACUUGUUUAAGGACUUAUGAAAAAAGUUCUGCAAGUCAGAUUUCAGAAGUCAUAUUUUUCUUAAGGAGCAGGGCUACAGUGAGGCACAGUUUCUAGUUGUGUAUCAGUGCAGCACCCAUGAAUGUGCAAGAAACAGGAUGUCCCCAGAGCAGACUGUUGUGCUUCUUAGGCUGAGAAAUUGAGUACUGCUCAUGUUGGGUGUAUUUAUGAAAUACAGUUUUCUAAAUAUGUUUUGGGACAUUCUUGAUGUAAAAUGGUAUACUUUUUAUUUUCCUAAGGUUGCAUUCAAAUGAGUCUAUUAAAGCAAUUUAUAUUUCACCUUAACAUUUCUGGUUAGCACAGAGCUUUCUCUUUUCUUGGAAUUGACUUUCCACCUGCCUGACUCAUUCUGUGGUCUCAGUAUUCUGUGGAUGUCACACGAAGGGUCCUCUUGCAGGUGAUUGUAGUGAACAAAGUACUGAGUUUAUGAUGCCAUUAGUGGAACUGCACAGAAAGAAAAGGGUUAGGAAAAAAUGCUGUCCAGGCAUCCUGGAAUAAAAGUAUUUUUUGGAAAGGCAAGAAUGAUUCCCAAUAGUGUAGGAAAGACUCAGUCAUGUUUUGGUGCAGCUGAAGCUUUUCAUAGGCACAACUACUGUUGGCUUUCAAAUGAUUUGUAUUUGAGUUAUUUAUUUAGAAGAAAUAGCUAUAAAUUAGGGCACUAGGGUAGAAAACCACAAAAGCUCUAACAUUAGUGCUCUCUGUUUUCUCCUAAAUUACUUAAUUGGAAAAUUACUUUGCUUGGAGAAUUUCAUUGCUUGUAUGAAUCCUGAGUGUAUACGGAUAUAUGUUUCUUUCCAUAUAUUUGUUGUUAACCUUCUCAUAGGGUUUUUUUCUUUGCAUGUUGUAGUUUUUCUGAUCAGAAAUUUUGAAUUUUGAAGAACAGAAUUAUAUGAGAUCAGUCAUCUCUUUUUUUUGGCACUGUGUUUGAAAGACUAAUGCAUUCACUUUGUUUAUGACUUAAAUUUUAAUCUAGUACUUCCUUCCUUGUUGUCUGAUUUUGGAGCUCUUACUUUUUCUUUAUUCCCCACACUUUAUGUAUUAAUGCAUGGGACAUAAACCAAGAGAAAGAGGGGAAAAAAAUUACUUUGCCAGGGUAAGUCAGUAUAUUGACAUCAUUUAUUUGCUAUUGCUGCUGAAGUAUAAGAAAAAAUAUAAAACUUAAUUUACCAUUAUAGGAAACAGGAAGCAAAUGUGUGUAAGUGAAAUACACUGGCAGUACUGCAGUUUUACACAGAUCUUUCUCUGAACUCUUACAUCCUUUUAAAUAUAUAUUAAAAUUGUAAAAUGGCCUAGAACUGAGAUUUGAGAAAUGCUAGUUAGAAUUAACUUGUCAGUUUGGAGACACCUCUACUCAGUAAGGUGGGGUUUCAAAAGCAGAAUAGAAAGUAAUCUGUUACAUGCUGCCUUUCAAACAAGUGAUAAUGGUUGUUUGCAUAUCACACUAUCAGGAGAUACAGAAGAAGAUGAAAAAUCACCCCCUGUCUUGAGAGUGAGGCCUGUAUUUGCGUAGUUCUUGCUUAAUUCUGGAUUUUGCCAUCCAAGAUAUGGUUUUGAGCACGGCUGAGGUUUCCCAUAGGCACAUCAUUUUCAAAUUAUAAACUUCAAUAUGGUCAUGCAGGCAAAAGUUACUGAGGGAUAAAAUUAUAUCUCUCCAUUUUGUUUGUUGAGCUGUUAUUUCCCAUUCUAAAGAAGUGCUGUGAAGUCAUGGAAUCUCUUCUGCUCUGGUAAGAUGGAAAACAGAUGGAUUUCUCAGUGGUCAUCAGUGUUUCUAGCUACAUUUGGGUUUUUUUGGCCUCUAUAUUUCUAUUAGUCUGCAUGAUUUUACCUUUGUAAAUUCAUGGUGAUUACUCCCAGUAUCCUUCUUGUCCUUCACGUGUUUGAAAAUAGUUUCCAGGAUUGUUUCCUUCACCUUCCCAGAGACCAGGGUGAGGCUAGUAGGCCUGUAGUUGCCUGGCUCCUCCUUCUUGUCCUUGAAAGCAGUAUUUUCAUUGACACUUGUUUUCUUGAAUCCUUUGGAAUGUCACCCAUCAGCAUAAAACUUCCAAACAUAGUUGAGAAUGACUUCACAAUGACAAAACCAGUUCUCUCAGCACUCAGGUUGGCACUUCAGUAGGUCACAUGGAAGUGCUAGGUCCAGUUCACCUAAAAAUUUGUUAAUCUGAUCCUCCCUCGCUCAGUCUAAGUCUUUUGUAUUCUACACUUUCCCAUGAGUCUCAGGGAUCUGGAAUUCCAGAAGGCAGGUCUUACCCAUGAAAGAGCAAGAUAAACAAGGUGCUUUGACAUUUUUGAAUGAUUUUGAUACUUUCAGCAGCAGGCUGGCAUUUCCUCUCUAGCCUUCCUUGUGCUGCUCAUGUACCUGUACAAGUCUCUCUUGGAAUUUCAUCUCUCUCACCUGAUUCAACUCUAGGAGGACCUUGGAUUUCCUAACUCUAUCCUAGUGCACCUAAGUGGUGUUCCUGUGUCAGUUGUGUGCACACACUUGGUGCAGCCCCGCUUCACCUUGGUUUGGUUGAUUAUAAGAUCUCUGUUUUCCACAUCAUUCUGCAUCCUUUGCGUGCAAACUGUGACCAAAACUUCCUUGCUCUUUCAGAGGUCACCACCUUCCUCUGUCAUCAUUCUUAAUUUAAGCAUUCCCCAGCCAGCCUCUCAGCAAAGGUACUUUUACCCGUGUAAUUUCAGGUGGAUCUUGUUCCCCUUCACCCUCAGUUUUUGAGCCUCAUAGAAGGUUCUAUGGAUGUGAAUGCUGCACGACCACGUGCUCAUUUGCAGGAUCUGUCUGCUUCUCUCCAAGUUCUUCCCCUUCAUCAGCAGCAUGAAUGAACCACUUGGCUACUAGACUUUGGCCAACACCCUGUUAACUGUGUAGUCAUGCUUGGUAAACUCCUGGUCUCCCCUGGCUGUGUCCAUGGUGCCUGAAUGGAAGAGCAGCUAAGGGUAAUAGUCUAAGGUCCAGAUUACUACCAGCCUCAGUAACAGUCAGUCUGUGGUAUCCAGGACCCUGGACCCUUGUAAGCAGCAUACUUUGCCAGGUGACAAGGUGGGCCAGCAGGGGUGCCUUUGUCCCAGAAGCAGGGACCCAGCGCUGUUCUUUACCCCGUGCUUUUCCUCAUACCCAGUACGGGUACUGCCGCAGGACUCAGGCACAGAUGGCUCAGAGGCUUUCUUGGACCGAGCUUCCUGUCCAUGUGUGCUGCCAGGGCUCAGAACCUGCUCUGUAGAUAGAGCUGCAGGCUGAACAGGAACUGUCCUCUUCGUGCUGGAGCUCAGAGGCUUGACAUGUCCGUCUGGACAAGCUGAGGCUCUGUCUGCUUCUCCUCUUGUCAUGGGAGUUUCUGUAGCUGCAAGAACUUGGGUGGGGAUCUGAAUGAUACGUGAAUGGGAACACUGUUACAUUAAAAAAUAACAAAGGGUGAUAAAUAACACUAAGGAGAAAUGUGGAAAAAUGACAGCUUGUUUGGGUCUGAUUUUGAUUAGAUAUUUAAAAGAAGAAAAGACAAUGAAAUUUGUGAAUAGUAUUAAGUAAAUUUUGAAUGCAAUUGAGAACAGUCAAACAUGAAACAAGUAAGCACAACCCUUGGAAACAGAGAUGUUUGAUAAACAAAAUUUCAUUGGAACAAGUAGAAACUGAAAGGAAUGGAAAGAAACCAUCAAAAAUGGAACAAGAUUCCUGAAGCCUGGAAACUGGGGAAACUAAUGGGAUUGUCUUCCUGGGUCGUGACAAUUUAUUAUCUGUUUGUGUUCAAUGGGGCAACGAAUUCACUUUGUGGUUGACCCUCAAGGCUGGUGCUGUAUGGGCCUAAUUAUCUUCGUCUGGCUGUACAAUACGAUCUUCAUUCCAAAGGUCAUCCUUUUUCCUCAUUAUGAAGAGGGAAAUAUUUCAGUUGUGGCAGUUUUGUGUUAUUACUUCUGCUCAUUGUUUUGUAUAGCUUCAUUAUUUAGAGCCUCAGUAGCAGAUCCAGGAAAACUAACUGAAAAUCCAAAGAUACCCGUUACAGAACGAGAACAUUGGGAGUUAUGUAACAAAUGCAAUAUGAUGAGACCAAAGCGUUCACACCAUUGCAGUCGCUGUGGACAUUGUGUGAGGAGGAUGGAUCACCACUGUCCGUGGAUUAAUAAUUGUGUUGGUGAAGACAAUCACUGGCUGUUUUUACAGCUGUGUUUCUACACCCAGAUCCUUAGUUCCUAUACACUGAUACUUGACUUCUGCCAUUACUACUACUUUUUGCCUCUGAAAAAAGAAAACUGGGAUGUGUUUGUAUUUAGACAUGAACUUGCUCUCCUAAGAAUAUCUGCCUUCAUGGGUCUAAUAAUACUAGGUGGAAUAAGUCGACUCUUUUACACUCAGCUAAUGGGUAUUUUCACUGACACUACGAGUAUAGAAAAAAUGUCUAACUGUUGUGAAGACAUAUCGAGGCCCCAGAAGCCAUGGCAGCAGACCUUCUCAGAAGUUUUUGGCACUCACUGGAAGAUCCUGUGGUUUAUUCCUUUCAGGCAGCGGCAUCCAUUGCGAGUUCCCUACCACUUUGCCAAUCAUGUCUAAACAGAUGGAUAGUGGGCACAGAUGGGUCCUCCAUGCUGGAAGUGCGUUACAGGUUUUAUGAUAAUAGAACUAUGACAGUCUUCAAGUCAAUUAAAAUCCAGUCGUAGGCAUCACAGUGUGCCCUGGGCAUUAUUUUAGUUAUGGUCUUGAUUUUAUUCUGAAAUUAAGGCAAGUUAAACAUUCAACUUCAGGCUUAUUUACUUUCAAAUUAGCUUUCCAAAGAGAUUCCUUUUGUCUUCAAGGUUAAUACCAAAAGCAAACAACUGGAAUGUAGUCUUCAGUCUUCAUCCAGUUUGAUACUGGCUCUUUUUUUUUUUUCUGUUUUAUUUUUUGUGUCGAAAGCACUGACGUUUACAUUGAUGGUUAGUUUUCUCACUAAGUGUCUUAUUCUGCCUUGACUUUUUUUUUUUGGGUUUGUAUCAGUAGGUCUGUCUGGAUAAUAAAAAUGUCUUUUUUCCUGCUGCAUAUGUUUAAAAUUCCGUGAUUCUGCCCCAGUUAUUUAUGAUAUGCAAAAGUAAUCCUGCAGCACUGCACUAUAAAAGGUAAUAUUGAAAGCUGAAGCAGAGUACUUCCUAAAUCUUUCUCAGAGAGGUUUUGUAGAGGCACACAAAUAUGUGUUUUUACAUAGAGAAGAGCUUACAGUUAUCUUCUGGCCUAGAUAUGAUGUUAGUGAGAAGUGUUCAUGUCUUUUUGUCAGUGAGGGGGAUUAAAUAUUUCAGGGUAAACUAUGCAGACACAAAGCAUGUUUUCCCUAAAUACUGAGGAUUUGAAUCAGCAAUAAUCAACAAAGAAGUUGCAUGGUGCAAAUAUUAGAAUGAUUACUUUUAGAAAAUAUAGAUGUAGUUAGUUGGCAUAAUGUGUCAUAAAGAAGAGUAUAUUGUCAAUGAAAUUAAAAAUUUUAUAUUUACUUUUCUUUAGUCAUGAUUAGCUGGAAUUGGUCUAAGUGUUUGUAUAUUUAAAAUAAAAUUAAUUUAAAGUAUUUAUGCAUAAAUAUAGAUUUGCUAUUAACACAAAGUGUAAGUGAAGUAUAUAAACACUUUUAAUAGGGUACUGUGUUGAUGUUGAUAGCUUGUUGUUCCUUUUAAAUAUGGAAGUAGCUAACCAAAGAAGGUGUCUUUCAGAUCUGGUAAAAUGAUAAUUCUUUCCAAAGUAUCAGCUCAGUCUUCCGGUAUCAGAAAAAGGUUUGUACUUACUUUAGCCCUCUGUAUCUAUACAAAUAUUAACUUCAGAUGAUUGUGGAAACUACUGUGGAUUUCUAGGAGGAAUUCACAGCUCAGUGUUUCCAGUUAUGCUGCUUACUGUGUUUUUUGAAUAGUCUAACAGGACUAGGAUCCCCCUUAAAUAACAGCCAUGCAGCAGGACACAAUAAAAGACACAAAGUCAGAAUUUUAUACAUGGAGAUUGUGCAGAAAGUAAUAGUUUAUUUGUGAACAGUUACUUCAAAAAAGAAGGGUAAGAUUUUUCAUGACUGGUGUUGGCAAAAAAUUUUUAGAUCAGCUCUCUUAAUGUCUUAGUACAGUUACUGCCAAUGUUAGGUGUCCCUUUAUUGAGUUAACAGAUUUUGAUGGUCCACCGAAAGUUCCAAAAAGGGCAUCUUAAAAAUCACUUGAACUUUAAACUUUUGUUAAUGUCUAACAUUUGAUCCAACUUUACUUUUCCUGUCCUAUUAAAAAUAGAUACAAUGUUUUAUUAAUUUAAAUUUCAAGCCUAAUGUUCAGCUAUUUUCCUUUUCUUUUUUUUCUCAUGCCAGUUGUAGUGAGGUUAGACUUUUUUUCAAGAGGUAUUGGCAUAUUGGCAGCAAUAUUUAAACAAAAAAGCAUCUUGAGGAAAUGGAUGAAAAGACUGAAGCAGUGCUUGAAAUUGAAAGGAAUCUGGAUAUACAUAAUAAAGUAAUGGCUCUAUUAUUUUCUUUUCCUUCCCUCCACUGUUUUAGUCUCUGGAAUAUACAGGGAAAUAGUAUUUCAUUUUCUGUGCCAAUAUUUAAAUGUUUCAUGAGCAAAGCAUAGUUUGAAGUUUUUAGGGCUAAUCAGUUAUCAGAGCAGAUUGUACAGUUCUGAACCUUAUUCAGAAAGAGGACCAAGAAUUUAACUAUUUUUGGUAUAUUUAUCAUGGGGCAUAUAAUUGUGUGUUCUGCUUCCUGGUAUUACUGUUUCAGGCUGGAGUAUCAGUUACAGUUUCCAGGAAGUCAUGUCAGUGAAAAUCUUGCCUGAUUUUCAAACAAAAGUUCUAAUUUCACAAAUUCAUGUUCUCAAAUGUUUCCAUGUUGCUUGAUUUCCUUUGAAAUCUACUUUUUCUCAGUCUCCUAUUCAUCAUAACUGAUAAUAUUAAUCAUAAUUGAUAAUAUCAUAAUUGUUAGGCAUCAAUUUGCAACAUGAUUAAGACUGCUAGUUCAUUUUUGUUCAUUUUUAAGUGUUUGGGGGGAAAAGGUGAGAAUUUGGAGAGUCUUGACAUUUUAGGAGGUACUAAACUUUAUUCUUUGAAUGAGAGGCAAUCUAAAAUGGUAAAAGUAAUAAUUUUUUCCUAAUUCAGCUGAAGGACCCUAUCAUGUUAUUAGUUUCUCCAAGUAAUGUUUCUGAAACUAAUUCUCAGAAUGAGUUGUUCUGUCAGGAAAAAUCAGACUUUUAUCAACCAAUUUAAAAUCCUUCAGACCUUGAAAUUCUUGAAUGCUUUGAACCAUUGCCUUCUUUUCCUUCUUAGGGAAAGAAAGUCUUCCUUAGGAUUCUUUCUUUUAGUAGAAACUGCACUUUUAAGAUUGAUUGAUGUUUGUCAUUUUUAUGCAUUUAAAAAAAUCUUAUAGGCGGUGUUACUAAAUUUUGUUCCAAUAUCAUAUCAGAACAACAUGUACUUUUUUAAGAAAAGUGAAUAUUAUUUUCUGACUUGGCAAUAUUUGAUUUCCUAAAAGGCAUAAAGAGAACUUGAAGAACCAAUCAAUUCCUCCCUUAACAAAUUUGGAAGUAGCUGGUUUAUUUACAGUGUGGGAUAAUAUCUGGUAGGACCAAAAAAUGUUUACUUGCUAUCUUCUCAUGAUCAGAGAACUGAGAUCUCAUUUGAAAAGUGCUGAUGUCUAAAAUAAAAGAUAAUGUAUUAAAUAAUAUCUGUGAAUCUGUCCUCUGAUCUGUUGCUUUGAAGGAGAGAUUCCAUCACACAACUGGUCUAGUAUUUCAGGUACACGGUAAUUUUCAGUCUUGAGGAGUUUAUGAGUCUUGAAUUUUCAUGUAUACGUGGAGUUUUAAGAAUAGAUUUUCUAUGCAUCUGUCUUUAUUAAUAUACUUAACUUUUAAAUUAUGUUCUGAGCUGUCCUUCAGAUAUUCCUGAGAAUUAUUUUGAUUAAUUGGUUUAUAAAUACAUGGUUAAUAAAACACCAA